CUUAACACAAAUCCCUCGCUUUGGAGGGCCCUGGUACAGUUGGGAAUGGGAGAUGCUUCGCAUUGGGGUGCUCUGCACCCCCAGUCCCGGGAGGCUUUGUUAAGUCAGUCGCGAGAUGGGAUACUACUCAUGGUCCUCAGACGGCAGGCCCAUCCCCUCAGACAGCUGCCCGACGAUGGAGGUGCGGGUUCUGGGGAUCUUGGGGUCAGCCCUCAGAAUGAGUCGUCCUUGCUCACCUCGCAGCGACAUCAACGUGUCCGGACUCCGGACGAACAUCAUUCACCGACUAUUGGUUGUACAUUCUUGGUGAUCACACCCCGGGUUGGAAGUCUCGCCGUCGCUGAAGCGAUUAUUUAUGUUGCUCAGGCAGAGCUGGCCGACGGCAAGACUUCAUACUGCAACGACCAUGGGCUGGAUUGUGCCCUACAUGGCUCCAGCUCCAGGGAAAGCGCAAUUAUAAGUCUCAGACAGCUGGCCCCAAUCAAGCACUUGUACGAACACGUGCUGUCUCGGAGUCGCAAUAGUAUGAACGAGCCAACAUAA